UCUUCCUCCAUGGCAGGUGAGGCAGAUCUGCUGGCUGUCCACUGCUGCAUCCUGAAGUGAUGGCACUCUGGAGGGUCCAGGCAACAUUUCCUCUCCAUACUGCUAGUCUUGGGAUUCUGCUUGUGGUUUAUGCUCUGUCUGCUGAAGCUGGAUUUGCUCAGAAGCAUGGCCCAGAUAUUAUUGAUGACAGCAAGGACAACAUCACCAUCUUUACACGCAUCCUUGACCGGCUGCUGGAUGGAUAUGAUAACCGGCUGCGACCUGGGCUUGGAGCAGACGACGUAACUGAAGUCAAGACAAACAUUUACGUGACAAGUUUUGGGCCUGUCUCAGACACAGAUAUGGAAUACACCAUUGAUGUUUUUUUCCGGCAGUCCUGGCGAGAUGAGAGGCUAAAAUUUGAUGGACCAAUGAAGAUCCUCCCCCUUAACAAUUUAUUGGCCAGUAAGAUCUGGACCCCAGACACCUUCUUCCACAAUGGCAAGAAAUCAGUUGCCCACAAUAUGACCACACCUAACAAAUUGCUUCGGCUAGUAGACAAUGGCACUCUUCUCUAUACCAUGAGACUGACCAUUCAUGCAGAGUGCCCCAUGCAUCUGGAAGACUUCCCAAUGGAUGUCCAUGCCUGUCCACUGAAGUUUGGAAGCUAUGCCUACACCAAGUCUGAGGUGAACUACAACUGGACCCUGGGGAAAGUGGAGGUGGCAGAAGGAGGGUCACGCCUGAAUCAGUACGACCUUUUGGGCCAUGUUGUUUCACGAGAGGAUAUUGAAACUAGCACAGGGGUGUAUGUUAUGAUGAUCACUUACUUCCACCUUAAGCGCAAGAUCGGCUACUUUGUGAUCCAGACCUACUUGCCCUGCAUCAUGACAGUCAUUCUGUCCCAGGUUUCCUUCUGGCUCAACAGGGAAAGCGUCCCAGCACGAACUGUGUUUGGGGUCACCACUGUCCUUACCAUGACUACUCUGAGCAUCAGCGCAAGAAACUCCUUGCCAAAGGUGGCAUAUGCGACGGCCAUGGACUGGUUCAUAGCUGUCUGUUAUGCCUUUGUGUUUUCUGCGCUGAUUGAGUUUGCGGCGGUCAACUACUUCACGAAACGCAGCUGGGCCUGGGAUGGCAAGAAGGUGCUGGAGGCUCAGGAAUUGAAGAAGAAAGAGCCUGUCACUUUGGCAAAGAAGACCAACAACACUUAUAACAUUGUGGGGACGACAUAUGCCCUCAACAUCACAAAGGAACCAGGACUGCCCACCAUUGCCAAGAGUGCUGCUGCCACCACAACCACACCUGCUGCCGUUGUCAUCCCUCCUAAGGUGCCCCGAAUGGAGGAGAAGCCCCCUGAGAACAAGAAGACGUACAACAGUGUCAGCAAGGUAGACAAAAUGUCCCGCAUCGUCUUUCCUGUCUUGUUCGCCAUUUUCAAUAUGGUGUACUGGGCUACCUAUGUCAAUCGGGAGUCAGCCAUCAAGGGCAUCAUUGCCAAACAAUGAGACGAGGCACAUAACACCUUCCCUCUGCCCCUGUGAACCAGGCGGAGGAAUCUCUGCGGGGUUCCUUUGUCACUCGGCUGAUUAGAGAUUUGUUUUCUCUGUCGUUCCAAUUAAUUUUCUUCUGUUGAGUUCCUUACUCUCCCUUCAUACAAACCAAACUGUGAUUUUACAAGAACCCUUAAUUUCUUACCUGUUUGUUUUUGUUCGUUUUUAUUGUUGAGGGGAUAAAAAGUUCCAUGGAAAA